AUGGCUUCACCGGAGGUUCUCCCCGAAGGACUCCUUGGUGUCACAGAGAGGCGGGCGUUUUUGGAAGGGCAUAGAUCCACGGUGUCGCUGCUGGAGUCGGGCAAAUUUGGGCAUACGUUGUGUGACGCUUCCAACUAUGUGUCGGAUACUCCUAAGACACCAGCGAAAACUUCUUUGCACGACUUAGAGCUGUUUUUUGCCAUAGCGGAUCAAUUGAACAGUUGUCGUCCAAUGGAAUCUAUCUGUUCAAGCUGUAAUCGAUCUUUCCUGACUAUUGGGGCUCUUCAACAACACAAACGAGACUCUCAAGCACAUACGCAGUCCUUGAGCUGUGGCAACUGCAACCGCUCAUUCAACAGCGAACACGCCCUCGAACAGCACUUGCGAGACUCCCCAGUUCACCAUUUAGUUCCAGAAACCCCUCUAGAUGCAUUUUUCCGCUCUUUCUCGACCUUUGAGUAUGAUCCCUCCCAGCCACCAGCUACAUCCUAUGCUCGUUUGCGAGCACAUGAGGGCUGGCAGCGUGGAGAAGCUGCAUCAGCUGAUGCCUGGGAUCGCUACCAAGGUGCACUGGAAGGUGAGCUACGUAUGUGGUAUGGUGAUGAGGAUGAUCUAGCUGCGUGGCAUGCUCUUUGCCACGCCAUUGGUGUCGAGCCACCUCCACGAACAUGCGACCGAUGCGAGCAAGUAUGA